AUGGAGGAGGUUGACGAGGGCUUCAUUCUCGUCUCCAAGGGCGGCGGAGGUCCCGACGAUGCCCCGGACGAGUACCUCGAUGACAUUGACGAGUUCGUCGGGAGCCUGGCGGGUUCACUCUGGCCGUUGAACAUUUUCAUCCACGCAAACCCGGAGCUUGCCUUUGAAGAAUUCAAAGCCCACGAUGCCCUGACCAAGUUCAUGCGUAAGCAGAGGGGUUGGCACGUCACCCCAUCCGCGUAUGGCCUCAAGACGGCAUGGACGGCAGUCUACGACAGCGGGCGGAAAGGGCCUGUUGUUUCCUUCAACGUUGAAAUGGAUGCCCUCCCCAAGAUCGGGCACGCCUGCGGCCACAACCUCAUCGCCACGGCGUCGGUGGCGGCGGGCCUCGCCACCGCCCAGAUGAUGCGCGAGCACCGCCUGCCCGGCAAGGUGCUCGUCAUCGGCACGCCCGGCGAGGAGGGCGGCGGCGGCGGCAAGAUCAAGCUCCUGGAGCGCGGCGCCUACCGCGGCGUCGACGUCUCGCUCAUCUCGCACCCGGGCGUCGCCAACAACAGCCCGCUGGUCCGCACCACGGCCUACCUGCGCCUCGAGGCCGCCUACGCGGGGCGGGCCGCCCACGCCGCCAACUCCCCCUGGCUGGGCGUCAACGCGCUCGACGCGCUCGUCGUCGCCUAUGGCGCCGUGUCGGCCCUGCGCCAGCAGACGCGCCCGGACGACGUGGUCGGCCUGCAGAUCGUCGACGGCGGCGGCGCGCCAAACGGGCUGCGCGCGAGGGUCGAGGCCUGCUUCCGCGCCGGCGCCGAGGCCGCCGGCGCGACGGUGGAGAUCACGACGACGAAGGGGUACGCCGACCACGUCCCGAACCGCGUCCUGGCCGCGUCGUACGCGCGCUGCUGGGAGGCCCUGCCGGGCGAGGCGCCCGCGCCGCCGAUCCCGUCGGGCGGCCGGUUCACGUUUGUCAAGGCGAGUACGGACCAGGGGGACAUUAGCUACGUGCUGCCGAGCGUGAACGCGAGCUUCGCCAUCCCGCCGGGUCCCGAGGGAGGGCGCAACCACAGCCCGGACUUUGAGAAGGCGGCCGGCACGAGGGUGGCUUUCGAGAGGGCCUUGCGUGUCGGGAAGGCUCUUGCAGGCACGGCGGUGGAUGUGCUUGCUCAACCGGGGAAGCUAGCUGAGAUUCAAGAGCAGUGGAGGCGAGACAUGAAGAAUGGGCUUGAUGUAGAUGUUGAAUUCUUAUAG